UCUAGCAAACCACUUCCUUCUUCUCAGAUUUUAAAAUUGUUAAUAUUCGUAUUACUGUUUGUACUAUUGGAGCAGUUUUGAAUGAGCUGUGCUUCGACUUCAUAGCGACAAGUAUGUAUUCAGGAGGAGGCAUCUCUGCAAGCAUAUACGCCAACAGGCUGCGGGCUGAAGGCAUGGGCUCCAAGGAGCAGGCUGUUCUGUUUGCUAACCAGGACUACGAGGCCCUGAAGCAACAAUGUCUGGAGGACGGCUGCUUGUUUGAAGACACCUAUUUCCCUGCUGAGCCUCCAUCCCUGGGUUUCAAGGAGCUUGCCCCACACUCCGCUAAAACCAGAGAUGUGGAAUGGAUGAGGCCCACGGAACUGACAAAUGACCCUCAGUUCAUUGUGGGUGGAGCUACCAGAACAGACAUCUGUCAGGGAGCUUUGGGUGACUGCUGGCUCUUAGCCGCCAUCGCCUCGCUCACUCUAAAUGAGAGACUUCUUCAUCGGGUUGUUCCACACGGACAGUCCUUCCAAGAUGAUUAUGCUGGAAUCUUCCACUUUCAGUUCUGGCAGUUUGGCGAAUGGGUAGAUGUUGUGAUAGAUGACAGAUUGCCGGUCAAAGACAGGGAGCUUAUGUUUGUCCAUUCUGCUGAGGGCAAUGAAUUCUGGAGUGCACUCCUCGAGAAAGCUUACGCUAAGCUGAAUGGUUCGUAUGAAGCUCUGUCUGGAGGCAGCACCACUGAAGGCUUUGAGGAUUUCACCGGCGGUGUGUCUGAAAUGUACGAGCUCUGCAAAGCUCCCAGAGAUCUGUACAAAAUAAUUGGCAAGGCUUUGGAGAGAGGCUCACUGCUGGGUUGCUCUAUUGACAUCACAAGUGCCUUCGACAUGGAGGCUGUUACAUUCAAGAAGCUUGUGAAAGGUCACGCUUACUCCGUCACAGGACUGAAACAGGUUGAUUUUCGAGGCAGCGUGGAACGGCUGAUCCGAGUACGAAACCCAUGGGGCCAGGUAGAGUGGACUGGUGCGUGGAGUGACAAUUCUCCUGAAUGGGAUGAAGUUGAUCCCUCUGAGCGAGAAGACUUGCAUCUUAAAAUGGAAGAUGGAGAGUUUUGGAUGUCCUUCAGUGAGUUCACAAGACAGUUUUCCAGGCUAGAAAUCUGUAAUUUGACCCCAGAUGCUCUGAGCGAGGACAGUCUCAGCUACUGGAACACCAUCAAGUUUUACGGAACGUGGAGGAGAGGCAGCACCGCUGGAGGCUGCAGGAAUCAUGCCAAUACGUUUUGGAUAAACCCUCAGUACAAGAUCAAUCUGUUGGAGGAGGAUGAUGACCCAGAUGAUGAUGAAGUUGGGUGCAGUUUCUUGGUGGCUCUAAUGCAAAAGGACCGGCGCAGAUAUCGACGCCAAGGCCAGGACAUGCACACCAUUGGCUUUGCUCUCUACGAGAUUCCAGAAGAGUACAGAGGUUGCCAGAACGUCCAUUUGAAGAAAAAAUUUUUUUUGAGCCACUCAUCAUGUGCUCGAUCAGAGACCUUCAUUAAUUUGCGAGAGGUGAGCACACGGCUUCGUCUGCCACCUGGAGAGUACCUUAUUGUCCCCUCCACCUUUGAGCCAGGUAGAGAAGCCGACUUUGUCCUCAGAGUCUUCACUGAGAAGCAGUCGGAUACACAAGAACUCGACGAUGAAAUCUCUGCAGAGUUGGGUGAUGAGGAUGAAAUAACUGAAGAUGAUAUUGAUGACUCCUUCAAGUCCAUGUUUGCCCAGUUAGCAGGAGAGGAUAUGGAGAUUUCUAUUCGUGAACUUAGGACCAUUCUAAACAGAGUUGUCUGCCGCCAUAAAGAUCUGAAGACUGAUGGCUUCAGUAUGGAAUCUUGUAGGACCAUGGUCAACUUGAUGGAUAAAGAUGGCAGUGCUCGUUUAGGGCUGGUUGAGUUUCAGAUUCUGUGGAAUAAAAUCCGGAAAUGGCUGGUCAUUUUUAGACAAUUUGACCUCGACAAGUCAGGGGCCAUGAGCUCUUAUGAGAUGCGUCUUGCUGUAGAGGCGGCAGGUUUUAAACUGAAUAACAGACUGAACCAGAUUCUGGUAGCUCGGUAUGCAGACAACGAGAUUAUCGAUUUUGACAACUUCAUCUGCUGCUUGGUCAAGCUCGAAUCCAUGUUUAGAGCUUUCCAGCAGCUUGAUAAAGAGGGGUCAGGAUUGGCUGAGAUAACGCUAACAGAGUGGUUGUACCUGACCAUGUGUGGUUGAAGUGGACCAUCUUUGCUGAAGCAGGGACACUGAAAGAUUUAGUAUCCUGCAGCCUGCCAUGAACCUGGAGCCCCGAAGACCCUCUGCCUUUUAACAGUUCCCACCACAAUAGCUGCAUGGUGCAGAACCAAAGUCCACCCAAGCCAAGAAUUUCUUCUGUCUCUGAACCUAUGCAACCCCACAGUACAGAGCAGUCACUGUGCCAUGUAGACACAUCUGUAACACAGCAUGAGCAAAGUAUGGAGGGAAAAAAAAAAAUCUAAGUAUAAAUUCUGUUAUUUUUAAUAUUUCUGCACUUUAGUUUUACAGACUGUCUGAAUGCUAAAAGUAACAAUUCUGAAUACAUUAAAACUGACAAAAUGGACAAAUAUAAGUAAAAUGUAACUUCAGAUAUGUGAGAUAAUUAUUUUACUGUAAUGCUUUAGAAAGUCUUGUAGGGUCUCACUGUACUUCCUGAUUUGAAGUAUUUUAACAUAUUCAGUUGGUUCUUUCAUCAGUUCACCUGUGGGUGGCAGUGUAGACAUGACUAGAUUUCAGUUUUAUUUUAUGGAUGUGAUACUGGUUUAGAUGGUAUCUAUGAUUAAAAACUUUUUCACUGAAAUGUUAGCUCAGUCAGUUGCACUAUUAAUAUGUAUGUGAAAACCAGUCCACUGUAAAGACAUUUACAGGGAUCACAAUACUGAAUGCCUUAGACAUAAAGUUAUACCAGUGCUGUUAAUGCUGCAAGUUAAAAUAAAUUGUGUUGUAAUUAUAAGCUGUGCCUUCAAUAAAUAUUUACCC